UCUUCCCAUAAGAAGAACUUGAUUUGCUCAAUAUCAAAUCAACAAAAGUCUUCGCAAACUGGUUGAUAGGGAUUGCGCUCUUUGUCCGUCGAGUGAAACCAUAUCAGUGAUCGCCGCCGUCAACUUUACCCCACCAUAAUUUCACAAUGGUACAGAUUGAUUCCCAUGAAUAUCUGUCUGAAGAGGAGAAACGUCUAAAGGAAGAUCGUGAGAGAAAGAAGUAUUGGAAGAAAUGGGGUCCUUAUGUUGCUGAGAGACAAUGGGCUACAGUGCGAGAGGAUUACAGUGCCGAUGGUGAUGCGUGGAGUCAUUUCCCUCAUGAACAUGCGAGAUCCAGAGCUUUCAGAUGGGGAGAAGAUGGUAUUGCCGGAGUCUCGGAUACACAUGGUUUUCAGAAUGUCGCUUUUGCUUUCUGGAACGAGGAGGAUGACUUUUUAAAGGAACGUCUCUUCGGAUUAUCGAACCCUCAAGGAAAUCAUGGAGAGAGUAUUAAGGAGGCACAUUUCCACGUUGAUAACACUCCAACGCAUUCCUACAUGAAAUAUUUGUACAAAUAUCCCCAAAAGAAAUUUCCAUACGAAGAUUUGAUCAAAGAGAACGCCAGAAGAGGCAAGGAGGAAAAGGAAUAUCAAAUUCUCGAUACCGGCAUUUUCGAUGACGACCGAUACUGGGAUAUCUAUAUUGAGACUGCGAAAGAUGAGGAUGAUCCAGAUGAGCUUCUUUUCCGAGUCACCGCAUGGAAUCGAGGCCCUGAGCCAGCGCCACUACAUAUCAUUCCUCAUCUCUGGUUUAGAAAUACUUGGGCUUGGGGUCAUGAGGCCGAGGACAAGAAGCCAAAAAUCAACAAGGUUGGAGAGAAUGUUGCCCACGCUCGUCAUCAUAAGCUAGGUGAACGAUACAUGAUCUUGUCUCCUUCCCCUGGUGUUGGACCCAGUGGCGUUGAUGUUCAACCCGAAUUGAUCUUCACCGAGAACGACACAAACAAUGCUCUUCUUUACAAAGGGAAGAAUGCUCAACCAUAUGUCAAGGAUGCAUUCCAUCGUUACAUCGUAGACCGAGAGAAGAAGGCAAUUAACCCCAAGGAAAAUGGUACCAAAUCUGCAGCUUGGUACAGUUUCAAUGAAGGUGGCGGAGUGGCACCAGGAGAGUGCGCAGUGGUUAGAUUCAGAAUGUCCCAAAAGUACUCUGACUACUUGGAUGAAGAAGAAUUCGAUAAUACUAUGGAUAAACGAAAAGAUGAGGCUGACGAGUUCUUUUACCGAAUCAGUCCUUUACCAAUGGCUGAUGAUCUUCGAAACAUUCAAAGACAGGCUUUUGCUGGUAUGAUGUGGUGUAAACAAUACUACCACUUCAUUUGGGAGCAGUGGGCGAAUGGUGAUCCAGCUCAACCUCCACCUCCACCAGAUCGUAAAGCUGUUCGAAACUUAAAUUGGAAACAUAUGUAUCUGGAUGAUAUUUUAUCCAUGCCAGAUUCCUGGGAGUAUCCUUUCUUCGCAGCAUGGGAUUCAGCUUUUCACUGUAUUCCACUUGCCAUGAUUGAUCCAGAUUUCGCCAAGAAGCAGUUGGAUCUUUUCACAAGAGAGUGGUACAUGCAUCCUAAUGGACAACUUCCUGCCUAUGAAUGGAAUUUUGGAGAUGUUAAUCCACCUGUUCAUGCUUGGGCUACUUUCCGUACAUUCAAGAUUGAGAGAAAAUUAUAUGGACGUCAAGAUCUCGAUUUCCUUGAACGAGUUUUCCAAAAAUUACUCCUCAAUUUUACUUGGUGGGUUAACCGCAAGGAUUUUGAUGGAAAGAAUGUAUUUGAGGGUGGUUUCCUUGGCUUGGACAACAUUGGUCUUUUCAAUCGUUCCGAGCCAUUGCCAACUGGAGGUACUUUGGAACAAGCAGAUAGUACUGGUUGGAUGGCAUUCUACUGUCUGUGUAUGUUGAACAUCUCAUUGGAGUUGGCAAAGCAUCGUCGGAUCUACGAAGAUAUCGCCUCUAAAUUCUUCGAGCAUUUCAUGCUUAUUAGUGAUGCCAUGACUUACAAGUCUGGCUCGGGAGAGAAAUCUCUAUGGAACGACGAUGACGGCUUUUACUAUGAUGCUAUCUCGUAUGGUGGACCAUGGACUCAGCAACUACCUGUCAGAUCUUUAGUAGGAUUGAUUCCAUUAUACGCUACCCUUACCUUGGAGCCAGAGCUCAUCAACAAAUUACCAAACUUCAAAAAGAGAGUCGAUUGGUUUGUUGAGAAUCGACAUGACGUUGCUGAACGUAACAUGGCCAGUAUUCAAAAGAGAGGAAAGGGUAACAGAAUUUUGUUAUCACUUGUCAGCAAAGAUCGUCUCGAGAAAAUUCUUAAACGCAUGUUGGAUGAAGAUGAGUUCCUCAGUGAACAUGGUAUUCGAUCAUUGUCAAAAUUCCACGAGAAGAACCCAGUUUCCAUGGACGUAAAUGGACAAGAAUUCAAGGUUCAAUAUGUACCUGGUGAUUCAGACAGUGGCAUGUUCGGUGGCAAUAGUAAUUGGAGAGGUCCAAUUUGGCUUUGUGUCAACUUUUUACUUGUCGAGUCCCUACAACGUUUCUACAUGUUCUAUGGACCAUCAUUGCAAGUCGAAUGUCCAACUGGAUCAGGAGAUAUGAUGCAUCUUGGACAUGUUUCUGAAGAGAUUCAACAUCGACUCCAACAUCUUAUGGCACGUGGUGAUGAUGGACGUCGUGCUAUUAAUGAUGGUAAUGAUAUUUUGGACUUUGAUCCUAACUGGAAGGAUAACUUAUGGUUCUAUGAAUUCUUUGAUGGAGAUAGUGGUCGUGGUUUGGGUGCUACGCAUCAAUGUGGUUGGACUGGUUUAAUUGCUAGGAUGAUUCACGAUACCGGAAUCUCCUGUCGUCUCCCACAAACCCCUCGUACACCCUCUACAGGAAUGAAUCACUACUUCGACGACAUCUUCACACGUCACAUCGCCGGCGCAAAUGGCAAAUCCCAAAAAUCCCCUAGACCAUAUCAUCUCCGUCGUACCUCAACUGCUCGAUCCAUUGGUGCACGCUCAGAUUUCGGUGAUCAUGAUCAUGAGUUUGAUGAAGAAGAACAGCGUGAUCACGAAGGAAGUGUAGCUCCAAUGGAUGAGCAGAGAUUAAGAGAAAGGGAAGAGGCUGAUAGACAUGUGGCCAAUUAUAUUAGUGAGCAAUUACAUCGCGUGAGAAGUCAUGACAGUGCAUGGGAGGAUAGGGUCGGGGAUGAGUUUGAGGCGCAAUUGGAUGAGAAUUAGAGUUGGACCUUAGGUGGUGGCUGUGAAUAGAGAAAUGAUAAAUGGUGAUGAAGAUGAAGAUGCUGUAGAGAGUACAUAAGAUACAGCGGAGGAUAUAUAUAGGUGCAGCUGUAGGCGUGGGAGAUACAUGAGAUAUAGAUAGAUAAGAGCUAGAGUUAGAGCUAGAGCUAGAGUAGAGCUUAAAGAGACAAAAAAUUUC